UUAUUAUUAUUAUUAUUAUUAUUAUUAUUAUUUAUUCCAUUACAUGUGCAAUUUGAAUGAAACUUUUGUGAAGCCCAGCCAUUUCAUGGUCAGUACUAAUUGCAGAAAUUUUAAAUAUGUGGGGAAAAAGAAAUAAUCCAAGCCAAUACAAAUUCAUAAACUGAGACAAAUAAACCCACUUAAUUCAAUUAUGACCACAUAAAUGGAUUUGUUGCCACAGCAUUAUCUUUUAAUGCUGUGCAGCAUUUUAGAGCCAAAGUAACCAACCUGGUAUGUCCCAAUGAGCAGUAUAUUCUAGUGUACUGUGAGCCAUCAUUGGCUUCUUCCCAAAUGUGUCAGGUUUCAACUAAUUUUAUUAAUAAUAAUAUAAAUAAAUAAACUUGGAAAAAUGGUCAUUGGACAUAUUUGUGAAAAGUCACUCUUCUUUUGGUUGUUAGCUGCUUUGCAUCUAGUCUGUUGUAUUAGAGCCCUCUUGAGGACAGUUUUCAAAAUUUUGAGUAAAAUGGGAGAUUUAGAUUGGCUUGACUGAGAGGGAGUGUGGUUUUCUCAGGGGGAUUUAGUACAUCUUAAACUAAGUGUUCUAUGCUUGUUCCAUUAAUUACUAAAUAUUACAGUUAGUGGUGCUCAAAACAAAAUUCAUCUCCUCAUAAAUGAUAACUGGGUGCUGGAGUUGUAGGGCCCUAUGAUUUCCGCGAUGCGGAAAACACGGACGGAAUCACGGAAUCUAGACAUAAAAGCGGAUUUUUCUGAUAAACACGGAAUAGCGCGGAAUUCGUUCAUUUUUCUUUGCCUGAAAUAAAUUUAAUCACCCUCUUUCUAAUUUUAAGACACAAACACUGUUUCUGCCCGAUUUUCUCACAUCUUUCACUUUCAGUGAGUCCGGGGUUGCCUAGAGACCAUAUCUUGUUAACCACGCGAGUUUGUUUCCUCACUGAUGCGACUGCGAGGGAAAUAUGUCUAAACAUACAGCCCCUGCUGCAAAACCAGCAGUUUCUAAAAAGUUACGAAAUACGCAAUUAACUGCCAAGCUUCGAGCAGAGCAAUAUCCAAAUGAUUAUUAUGCAUCUGGCCAACAACUUUUCUGCAAAUUCUGUCAGCAUACAAUUGACUGGAGCCGAAAGGACACUUGUAACGAUCGUUUGAAAUCCAAGGUUCAUCUGAAGAACAAAGCAAAAUCAAGCGGGAGAGCCCUCCAAGUGUCACUGGACGUAGCGACCAAGUCACAGGAUGACAGAUGGGAAUUCGUGGAAGAUUUCGUGGCUAUGUGUGCAGAGGCCGAUAUACCUUUAGAAAAAAUGAGGAAGAUACGCCCCCUUCUAGUCAAGCACUGCAAACAGGGAGGUGCGCUGCCUGAGAAUCCAAGCAGUCUUAGACAGAUCCAUCUCCAGCGGGUGUUCAACGAGCACAUGCAGACAGUGCUACAAGAGAUCCGUGAUAAGAAGCUCUUUGUUGUUGUUGACGAAACGUCAGAUAACCGAGACCGCAGUGUCCUCAACAUUGUCAUAGGUACUGAAGGCAAAUACUAUCUGACGGAUGUCAUCUUCAUGGACAGCUGCAACUUUUCAACAUUAUCACAGGCACUACUACAGUCACUUCACAGCAGUCAGAUAAAUUUGAAUGAUGUACUGGCAGUAGUCACUGACAGUGCAUCAUACUGCCUAAAGGCCUACAAAGAAGUACUGAAAGGAGUAAUGCCAAACAGCGUAUAUGCAAACUGCUUGUGUCACAUCAUCAAUUUGGUAGGAGAAACCUGGCAACACUACAGCUACUUCAGUGAUGUUACAAGUCUGGUGAUGUGGAUCAAAUCUGCCUUCUUCAAAAAGCCUGCAAGGAAAAGAAGGUGGUUGCACUUUUUGUCUGCAAAGGAUGCUGUGCAUGUGAAGGUUCCACCUGAACCAGGAAAUACAAGGUGGAAUAGCUGGUUUGAAGCGGUGCGGUUCCAUGCUGAACAUGUUCACCUGUACAAGGAGUUUUUCUCAGCUGAAAAGUCUUCUGCCCAGGCUGUGAAAAACAUCCUUGAUCUGGUGGAAACAGAUGACAAGCAAGAGACCCUUCAAAGGAAGCUGACAUUCAUCUCUGAAGGGUGUGGGAAACUGGUCAGAGCCCUGACAGUUUUGGAGGGCACCCACACUCUUACAGCAGUCUCUGCCUACAUCAUCAUGGAAAAUCUAGGCUCCUACCUAGUCAAUGGCACAGCCAAAACCUAUGGUUUUGGAGCGAAAACCGACGAGUUGCUCAAUGAGAUGUCCAUUCGAAAGAAGAAAUCUGUGCUGGAUUACCUUCAUGAUGCAUUUCACAUUGCAUUUGAGAAGUUUUCAAAGCACUGGGAUGUCCAUCCUGCCAAACAGGUCUACAAGAUGAUCAGGGUGUUUGAUCCUAGACAGGCUCCAGCUAUGGAAAGGCAGUUUGAAGCCUAUGGCACCCUGUCAGCAUUGAAGACCCCAUCUGCAGAGCUCAGUGAGGAGUGGGCUGCUUACCAGCACUGUGUCAGAAAUGAAGGCCUCUCAGAAUUGCUGGACCUUGCUGAGUACUGGAAAGGUACAACCCAGCGCUUUCCAGAGAUUGCAGCCAUUGCCAAAUCAUACAUGCAUUUCCCAGUCAGCUCUGUUGACUGUGAGAGGAGCUUUAGCAAAUAUAAAACAAUUCUCACUGACAAGAGGGAAUCUCUGACCGAAUAAAACACCAAAUGCCUCACUGUCCUUUACUUCAAUGGCGACGUGUCAAAAAGGUGGGAGAUGCCUGGCUGCUCAAGAGAUGUGGACAAAUGAAUUUUAGCUUUACAGGAGUUGAUUAAGUUAAGCUGCAUUAAGUUUAUUAAGUUAUGCUGUAUAAUUAAGUUGAUUACAGCUUUGAGUUGUCAUUACUGGGGUCUUAAGUU